UCCAUCGUCACGCGAGCUGACCGCGAAAACACAGUACUGUGGAAGACUUUAAAGGUUUGCGAAGUUUGCAACAGUUUAUAAACUUUCAACAUAACUUUGACUUUCCCAAAGACUUGAUGUGGAUAUUUAGCACUUGUUUUAAAGAAAUAGAAACUGCUAUGGAUCUAUCCUACAUUCACUUCAAGUAACGACAAAACACAGCUUGAGGCCAUUGGGGUAGAGAUCUAGAUCCUAAAUCUACUGACGUCAAGCUUUGCUGCUGUUGUGAUCUUAUUCAACGCAGUCAACACCUGUCGUUCCAACCCUGACGUCAGUGACAUCAUGGAAAUCCCCGUGAAAUGGCCCAAUGAGACCGAGACUUUUGACAAUAAAUCUCACGGCGUCAACUGGAAGGAGAAAGAGCGAUGCCUCAGUGUUCUGGACAAGCCCCCACCGGAUGACGGUCGACUCUACUGUCCAGCAAUGUUUGACGAUUGGUUAUGUUGGGACUAUACACUGGCAGGGACAGUGGCCUCAGCUCCUUGUCCAGCUGAUUUUCAGCCACUGCUUAACAAACACGAGAUGGCCACAAAGAUGUGUGAUGAAAAUGGCAACUGGUUUAUCAACCCGCUAUCCAAUAGAACGUGGACCAACUAUCUCAGAUGUGCCCACCUCACAGACACCCACACGACCUUGUAUAUUCCUAUAGCGGGCUACGCCGUUUCGUGCAUUCUUCUCCUGAUUAGCCUGGUCAUCUUCAACGCCUUCAGGCAAUUAAAAUGUGCUCGAGUCAUUAUACAUCAACAUUUGUUUGUCUCAUUCAUAUUAACUGGGAUGUUGUGGAUUGGUAUCUACGUUCUAUUGAUGGAAGCAUCAGAAAUAAAGGACAAUAGCCCGACAUGGUGUAAAGUCUACCAUGUAGCCACACAGUACGUCACCUUCUGUAACUACAUGUGGAUGUUCUGUGAAGGGUUCUUCCUUCAUACCAUCGUAGUACAGGCCUUCUCUAAACAGAAGAAACUUCUCAUUGCGUGCACUGUUAUAGGAUGGGGUCUUCCUGUUCUCCCUGUGUCUGCUUACACGAUUGCACGAGUGUUAGACCCUGACACUGAUGUCAAGUGCUGGUUUGAACCCUCCUGGACAAUGUGGAUACUUAGUGCCCCCAUUGUACUAUCUCUUUUGAUCAACUUUGUUUUACUGCUCAACAUUCUUCGUAUCUUAUUGUCCAAGAUCAGAGCUUUCAACACUGCAGAGCAUAAUCAAAAUAGGCGGGCCGUUAAAGCCACCUUAAUUCUUGUACCACUGUUGGGACUACAGAACCUACUCACUUUGGUCACGCCAGACCUAGACGAAAGCAGUAUGAAAAUUUGGAACAUGGCUUCCAGCGUCCUGGUGUCGCUACAGGGUGCAGCUGUUGCUCUGAUAUUUUGUUUCUUCAAUGGCGAGGUGUUAACCGUUUUAAAACGACGUCUUGGACAGUGGUCUCACAGCUACGAUCAGUCCUUUAUGGGCAGACCCACUACCAACAGUACCACUAUGGCCAUGACCUUGGAGGAGACUUCGACGACUGGUGCCGUGUUUAAAAAUGGCAACAAUCGAAUGUCCAAAGCAUCGAUAAGAAACGCAAAGAGUACUCCAUGCCAGACUCCGUCGGACGUGUUCUUGAAAUCAACAAAGAAGUGAAGGAGAUUCUGUUGUUGUUGAAGGACAGCACAGAACUUCAACUGAUGGUACCGAAUCACAAACAAGACCAUAUCACAGCUACCAAAUCCUAACAAGGGGACACAACGUCGGAAGAAGAAAUCAAGUGCUUACAGAUGUUAUUCUGUAAUCAUUUCUCCGUUAUUUCUGUCUCUCUGGUUUAUCUCCCUUUGUCAUGUCUCACAAAAUAAUUUUGCUACUCCCAACGUAAAUAUACAUGUCUAAGAAGCGAAGAAGCUUUAAUACCAUGUGUUCAUUGAGAGAAAAAAUGACAAUAACAAUAAAAAUAGUUUUAAUGCAUCUAAUCUCUAAGGGAGGCAAUUUUUUAAUCCAGUGACAUUGUGUAUUUAAUCGGUACUCUCCCUUACCAUUCAGGUGGACCUCAUUAUUUAGAACUGUGUAGUUUAGUUUCAACUGUAAAUGCGUUAGCAAGUUAGCAGCUGAUUUAUUUUAAAAAAUAAUAAUUUCAUUAUAUAGAAAAUAAUCAUGUUUCGGAAUUUGUGACGAGAAAAAAUGAUUAUAUCGAGUAUAAUGUUAACACUAAUCGUCGUCAUGGCGUGAACUGUUUUAAUAUGAUGGUGGUCCAGGUUCUGGAACAGUGGAGAACGCCUGCUCGAUAUUGUGAGUGAAUAUAUGCUUAAGGCCAUCUAGAUGACUUCUGAAUUUGAACAAAAUGCUCUUCUUAGCGGUAUGUCUAGACAAGAAAUGCACCAAAGACCUGGUGUAGAGAGGAUUAGUGGGCAGGACAAAGUCGAGACGGGAAAGAGAACAGGAAGCCAAUGUACUGGCUCAGGAGAGACAAAAUAGAGAAUGAGAAGAACGAGAAGGAAAUAAGGAACGAGAACAGAAAAGAAAGAGAACAGAAAAGAAAGAGAAAAAGAAAG